AUGGCCAGACUAUACGGUGUGGUAGUGGUCCUACUGCUGCUGGCAGAGGUCGCCAUGUUUGGAGAAGGGGCAUCGAAUCCUGGGUUGGUGGCCAGGAUCACCAGAAAAGGCCUGAAAUAUGUCCACGAACAUGUAGCAGCCGCCCUGCAGAAGGAGCUGUCCGCCAUCGAGGUCCCUGAUUUCUUAGGAAGCUUCCAAGUCGGUUGGUUUGGAAGAGUGAGCUACGAGUCUAACGGCCUGAGGAUCCAGAGCUUGGAGCUCAGGAACUCGGAUCUCAGUCUUCGCCCAGGGCGGGGUGUCCGCGCCUCCCUCUUCAAUAACUACGUGUCUGUCAGCGGGAGCUGGAAGGUGAGGACGGCUUUCGUCAUCCUAAAUGGUACUUUUGGUCUGAGUGUGGAUGGCAUUUCCAUCUCAGUUUCCUUGAACUUGGGCAAGGACCCGUCUGGACGACCCACUGCCUCUGUGGCCCACUGUGACAGCUCCAUUGAUGGCAUCGACAUUAACAUCUCUGGACCCCUAAGCCGGAUCCAGAACUUCUUCCAUGGAAUUAUGGAAAUCUAUUUCAAAAAUAUCUUGGAACAAAAGCCCUGUGCUGAGGCCAGAGACAUGUGUCCAAAGGAGAAUGGGGCUGAUGCCAGAGAGGCUGAGCCCAAGGAAUGGACAGUUUCAGAGGAUGUGGUCAAUGACUUUGGCCUCCACGGAGCCAUCUGUGAAAUGGUGAGGAUGUCGACGACCUCACGCCUGGAGCCCUACCUCCGAACUCUGCCAGUCACCUCGAUGAUUGACCAGGUAGCUGGCAUUGACUACAGCUUAGUAGGAGCUCCCCAGGUGACCUCCCAAUGCCUGGACACACCCUUCAAGGGUGAGUUCUUUGGCCGAAGCUGGCACUCUCCAGUCCCCUUCGAUGCUCCGCCCAUCAGGCUGCCCCAGGAGCAUGACCGCAUGAUCUACUUUGCAGUCUCUGAUUUCGUCUUCAACACGGCCAGUAGGGUUUACCACCAGGCUGGGCACAUGAAGUUCAUCAUCCAAAAUGAGCACCUGAAGAGCCUGACAAAGCUGGCCAACAAUGAGUCAGCUAAAAAGUGGCGGAAGCAGUACUCGAACUCAAGCUGUCAGACCUCAAAGUCCACAUCCCUGACUGCUACUGUGUCCUGCUUCGCGAGUAGCUUCCUACUUCUCCUGCUGCAGAUCCCCCUGGACUCUUCCAUCGCCCUGAACACCAACUCAUUCCGGGCCCUGAUUCCUCAGCUGGCCAAGUUGUACCCAAAUAUGCAGCUAGAGUUUGAGACAUCACCUGAAUCAGCUCCUUUCCUGAUGUUCACCCCUGGAAAUGUGACCCUCUUGCCUGUGAUAGACAUCCAGACCUUCGCCCUUCCACCCAACUCCUCCGACCGCAAGCCACUCUUCCAGCUCAGGGUGCUGAAGGACCAGGGGACUACACAGCUGACGGAUGCUGGGGGCUAUUGA